UAUUUAAACCGGGGGGCGUCGUGCACAACACAAGCACAGAAACGCGCUGAAAGCACAAACAUAGCCCGAGAUAGUCCUCCUGCAGCCUGCCCCGGGGUUGUCGUUUAACGAGAAGAAAUCGCAAUGCUUCGCUGGGCGGUGCGGCUGCGGCAGUCUGCGCGCUGGGCUCCCCGGCCCUUCCCCGGCUCGGCCCCGGGCUCGGGCUCGGGGUCCUGUCGGCUCCGGCGCUACCAUUCCGGGGGGGCUAGUCGGGUCCGGUCCGUCUGCAGUUCCGCAGGGCUCUGCGGCAAAGCUGCCUUCGUGCAGGGCAACAAGGCCGCCACUUACCAGGGGAGGAGAUGGUACAGCCUGCCGCCCCACCAGAAAGUAUUGCUCCCGUCACUGUCCCCCACCAUGCAGAUGGGCACCAUCGCUCGCUGGGAGAAGAAAGAAGGAGAUAAGAUCAACGAGGGAGAUCUGCUAGCAGAGGUGGAGACGGACAAGGCCACUGUGGGCUUUGAGCUGAUGGAGGACUGCUACCUGGCCAAGAUCCUGGUAGCCGAGGGAACCAGGGAUGUGCCAGUCGGAGGUGUUAUAUGUAUAACUGUAGAACAACCUGAGUUUGUUGCUGCAUUUAAAGAUUACACUCAGCAAGAUGCUGCAGCCUCUGCCCCGCCCCCUGCCAGUGCAGCAGCCCAGCCCCCUGCUGUAGCCACGCCCCCCCAGGCCCCGGGCAGCUCCUACCCGCCUCACAUGAAGGUCUUGUUGCCUGCCCUGUCCCCUACCAUGACCAUGGGCACGGUGCAGAGAUGGGAGAAGAAGCUGGGAGAGAAGCUGAGCGAAGGGGAUCUGCUGGCUGAGAUUGAGACAGACAAAGCUACGAUAGGUUUUGAGGUUCAAGAAGAAGGAUACCUGGCUAAGAUCAUGGUUUCAGAAGGAACGAGAGAUGUGCCUCUGGGGACCCCCCUGUGUAUUAUAGUCGAGAAGGAGUCUGAUAUCCAAGCUUUUGCUGAUUAUGUGGAGACUGGAGUGGCAGAAAUGACAACCCCGCCUCCUCCUCCCCCGAGCCCGGUGGCUGCAGUCGCCCCCUCUCCCCAGCUCUCCACCCCUCCCUCCACACAGAGCCAGUCUGCCGUCGCUGCUGCAAAGAAGGGCCGGGUGUUCGCCAGCCCCCUGGCAAAGAAACUGGCAGCUGAGAAAGGCAUUGACGUGGCUCAGGUUACAGGUACUGGUCCAGAUGGAAGAGUGACAAGGAAGGAUAUAGAGACCUUUGUGUCUCCAAAGACAGCACCUGCCCCCUCAGUGACUGCGGCCCCCCCUCCUGCAGCAGCCCCCUCUACAGCAGCCACGGCAGCAGUGCCCACCGGCACCUUCACUGACGUGCCCAUCAGCAACAUCCGCAGGGUUAUUGCCCAGCGCCUGGUGCAGUCCAAACAGACCAUCCCUCAUUAUUACCUGUCUAUCGAUGUGAACAUGGACCAGGUGCUGGAGCUGAGGAAAGAGCUCAAUGAGGAAGUGAAGUCUGACCACAUCAAGCUGUCUGUGAAUGACUUUAUCAUCAAAGCCUCGGCUCUGUCUUGCUUGAAGGUGCCUGAAGCGAACUCCUCUUGGCUGGACACAGUAAUCAGACAAAACCACGUCGUUGACGUUAGCGUCGCAGUGAGCACUCCUAAUGGCCUCAUCACUCCCAUUGUGUUCAACGCUCACAUCAAGGGACUGGCCGGCAUCAGCAAAGAUGUGACCUCGCUGGCUGACAAGGCGCGACAGGGCAAACUACAGCCUCACGAAUUCCAGGGUGGCACUUUCACAAUCUCCAACCUGGGCAUGUUUGGGAUCAAGAACUUCUCUGCCAUCAUCAACCCCCCGCAGGCCUGCAUUCUUGCUGUGGGAGGCUCAGAGAAGAGGCUUCUGCCAGCUGACAACGAGAGAGGGUUUGAUGUUGCCAGUAUGAUGUCAGUCACCCUGAGCUGUGAUCACCGUGUUGUGGACGGGGCUGUGGGUGCGCAGUGGCUUGCAGAGUUCAGGAAGUUCCUUGAAAAACCAACAACCAUGUUGCUGUAAAGCCAGUGUAAACCCAGCCAGCCAUGGGAGUCAACCACCUAGGAGUCAAGUGUUUUCAUAUAUAUGUAUGUUACAUACGUAUGUGUGUGUGUGUGUGUGUGUGUGUGUGUGUGUGUGUGU